AUGGAUUUCACUCGUCAUCAUAAUUUUGAAUUACUUGCCUGCACGAUUCUCAUCUCAUCACUAUUUGUGAUAGAUGGUGCAUCCGCUGACAGGGUGCCUCAGACUGUGGACCUGUGCUCCCCAAACCCGUGCCAAAACAGGGCAAUAUGCAGAAUCCACGGGGACGGCUACUCGUGCUUCUGUGUGCCAGGGUUCCAGGGGGCUCACUGUCAGAUUGAUGUGAAUGAGUGUGUUUCCCAGCCGUGCAGGAACGGAGCCACCUGCGUGGACAGAGUGGGCAGGUUCUCCUGUCUGUGUUCUCCGGGGUUUACUGGGGCCACUUGCGAGGUCCAGAUUGAUGAGUGUCAAUCACAGCCGUGUCUCAGCGGUGGCAGUUGCCACGACUACGCCGGGGGCUUCACUUGCACCUGCCUGUCCGGUUUCCAGGGACACCGGUGCGAAAUCGACAUUGACGAGUGCCAAGAGCGGCCAUGCCAGAACGGGGCUCGGUGUAUCGACGGGUUGAAUGAAUACAGCUGUGACUGCUCUCACACAGCCUUCACAGGCAUACACUGUGAGACACCACUGCCAGCGUGCCACUCUGAGCCCUGCUUCAACAGCGCCAUCUGCAAGGACGACCAGGGUAACUACACCUGUGAAUGCUGGCCAGGGUUCGAGGGCCAUCAGUGUGAGAUAGACAUCAAUGAGUGUAGCAGCAGCCCCUGCAUGCACGGAGGCCGCUGCAUUGAGAGGUCGUGGCAGCCCAUGUAUGGCAGCGAGCCUCUGCUGCCUCAACACUACGACCAGCAACAUGCUGCGGGCUACAUCUGCAGCUGUCCUCCGGGAACAGCAGGUUCCGUCUGUCAGGAUGUGAUAUACCAGUGUGAUCCCAAUCCCUGCCAGAAUGGGGGCAGGUGUGAGAGCCAUGCUGGAGGCUACACUUGCCACUGCCUCAAACAGAGUCAUGAUGGCAUUCUCUAUGGAGGUGUAAACUGUGAGGUGAGGCUGGCAGGCUGUGAGGGACAUGAAUGCCAGAACCAAGGCUCCUGCUCUCCUUUCCUGUUGGAUGGGACUCACGGCUACACCUGCUCCUGCUCAGCUGGGUACACCGGACCCCUCUGCAAGACCCCCACCACGUUCUCCUUUGAACGCAGAGGCUACCUGCUGCUUCAGAGUCCCCUGGUGGAUGCUGAGGUCUCUUGCAACAUCACCCUGAGCUUCAAGACUGUGCUGCCCAGAGCGGUGUUGUUCCAGUGGAACAACACGGGCCUGCUGCUGAGCCUGGAGCUGGAGGGAGGGCAGCUUCGUCUCAAACUGAGGAAGGAGGCUUCCGCUGGAGACCAAGCGGACAGCCCUAGCCAGGUUCUGGAGCUUCCGCACAAUGUCACAGAUGGAGAGUGGCAUUUUAUAGAGGCUGUGCUUGAAAACUGGGUGCUCAGCCUGAAACUCUUGGAUGACACUGGGAGUUGUGGGAGCCAGUCAUGCCACAAGGUGGCUCCAGUCCAAAGCACCCUGGCUGGGCUGGGGUCUCAUCCUCCGAACACGUUUAUUGGAGGAGUGCUUCAGGACUCAAAUGGCCCUAGCGAGGACACUCCACUUCCAGCCUUUAUUGGCUGUAUGCGCGAUGUUUUUGUGAACUGGCAGCUCGUCGUCCCUGAGGAAUGGCUGAGCGACUCUGCUGUUAACGUGUCCCCUGGCUGCAGCCACAGGGACCGCUGCCUGGAUGUGCCUUGCCAAAACAGAGGACAGUGUGUCAACCUGUGGCAGAGCUACCAGUGCUGGUGUCCAAGGCCUUAUGAGGGGCAGGACUGUGAGGAGGAGCAUGUGACUGCACGUUUUGGGAAUGAGGACUCUCACAGUUAUGCUGCGUUCACUGUCACUGAUGAUCUGGGCCAAAACCUCUCUAUCUCCCUCUUCCUGCGUACACGGAAGCACAAUGGACUCCUCCUGGUGCUCGCCAACAGCAGCAGCGAGUACCUGCACAUGUGGCUGGAGGAUGGCAAGGUCACAGUUCAGCUCAAUAAAUUUGAGAGCCUGAAGGCAGAGAGUGCGAUUGAUGACGGGGAAGUCCACUUUGUGAGUUUGGAGGUGGUGGAGGAUCAUAUGAUGCUGUACAUAGGCGCUCAGAAGCAGGGUGAUGUGGAGAUCAGGACAGUCAAUGUCAGAGCAGGAGAUACUCUGUAUGUGGGAGGUCUACUGGAGAGGAGGACGACUUCAGUGUUUGGUGGAUAUUUUAAAGGCUGUAUCCAGGACCUCAGGAUCAAUGAUAGUAGGCUGCAAUUCUUUGGGUUGGACACCUCAGUGAGAUCUUUCCCUCUGGAGUUCAUGGAAAAUGUGACCACUGGGUGUUCAGGGGACAACGUCUGUAGUAGGAACGCUUGUCUCAACGGGGGGAUGUGCUACUCCAUGUGGGAUGACUUUACCUGCAACUGCCCCCCCAGCACAGCAGGGCGACGCUGUGAAGAGGUCAGGUGGUGCGAGCUGUCCCCUUGCCCCACAGACUCAGAGUGCAGGAUGCUGAACCAAGGAUAUGAAUGCUACUCCAAUGCAACUUUCCUGAAUGACAGCACUGUGCUGUCCUACCGGGGAAACGGCAACAUAACCCGCAAUCUAACUAACCUCUCCCUAAACCUGCGCACACGGAAGCGUAAUGCAGCUAUCUUACAUGCAGAGAAGGGACCAGCAUUCCUCACACUCUCUGUCCAGGACGGUUUCCUCUUCAUGGAGCUUCAGAGCACCACUUUAGACAACAUUGAGGAGGAGGGAGAGGAGGGCUUGGCUACAGUCAGCAUCAGCAGCCGGAGGAGUGUCAGUGACGGUGAGUGGCACAGCGUCCAUGUGUUCAUGGCAGCGCCGUGGGCACAAACCUCCUGGUGGACUUUGGUUCUGGAUGAAGAAAUAGAGGAAGCCAGCACUUCCAGGAGCCAAGGAGGCAACAUGGACUUCCUCAGGCAGGGGGUGGAGAUCUUUCUGGGGGGCCUGGCCCCUGAUGCCGGCUGGUCCCUGGCUGGAUGUCUGGGCACAGUGGAGCUGGGUGGCAUUGCCCUGCCUUACUUCAGCUCCUCUGAUGUGAACCUCCCACGUCUGCAGGAGGAGCAGUUCGUCCAGACAUCACUUCAUCCACCGCUCCUUGGCUGCAGUGGGGCCCCCUUGUGUGAGCCCAAUCCCUGCAUGAACGGAGGGGAGUGCCAGGACCACUUCAACACCUUCAACUGCAGCUGUGCUGAGGGCUGGGCAGGGAGACGCUGUGACUUCUUCAUCAACACCUGUGCUUCCGGUCCCUGUGUCCACGGCAACUGCAGCGUGAACGGUCUGACCUACGAGUGCACCUGUGAAUUUGGCUACGCAGGUGUGGACUGUGAGGUGGAGGUGGAUAUGUGCGAAGACCACCUGUGUGCCCAUGGAGGCACCUGUCUGCAUGGGCCGGACAAGUACGCCUGCCUGUGCCCUGAGAACUACACUGGACCCCUCUGCAAUGAACGCGUUGAAGAAAUUCCGUGGUACAUUGUUGUCAGAAAUGUACGACCCAAGCUGCCGGUUUCUGUGUGCGGCGAUGACACCAGAAACUACACCUGCUUCAACGGAGGCAACUGCACGGCCCGAGAGCUAUCCUGUAACUGUCCGCCUGGCUUCACUGGACACCGGUGUGAGCAGGAGGUGGACGAGUGCAAGUCCAACCCCUGUCUGAACGGAGGCUACUGCCGCAACCUCAUCAACAAGUUUGUCUGCGUGUGCGACAUGAGCUACGCUGGAGACAUUUGUCAGACGGACCUGACCUCUGAGGGUUUGACCUCUGACCUCUUACUCUCCAUCAGUCUGGUGUCUGUUGUCCUGCUGCUCGUUCUCAUCCUGACCUCCGUUGGACUGGUGGUGGCGCUAAACCGCCGCGCCACCCAUGGCACCUACAGUCCCAGCCGGCAGGAGAAGGAGGGAUCGCGGGUGGAGAUGUGGAGCAUCACCCAGCCGCCGCCCAUGGAGAGACUGAUAUGAGAUGCAGGCCGGGACGGUGUUUACAUGCAGGGUGAUAAUCUCGUCAUUAUAGUAAUUUAGUAGCUGGUACCAGAAAUACGACUGAUAUGAGAUGUACUGCUGGCUCAGAUGGGAUUGAACAUCCGGAUCCUGCAUGUAAACAUGGUCUUCACCU